AUGCCGCCGUCUGCACAACGGCAACAGCAGCCUGCGCCCAACACGCCAGACGAAGACUGUGAUUAUCUUCACUACCCGCAUCCUGAAAAUGGCAGCCUCGUUCCUCUAGCUGUCCAGAGCCUCCGAUACGGACCUGAAUUCCCUGAGAAUCAACCAUGGGCAAGCCUGGGAAUGCCUCCAUCCCGUGUCCCUACGCUGCAGGCUGCCUGGUAUUGGAUCCUAUCGCCCGUUCUGGUGGACGGAAGCGAAGAUCGACGGAUAACACCCGGGUCGGCUUCAGUCGUAUUUUUGAGGUUAGUUGCCAUAGCCCCCUUCACAGGCUUUAUGCUACCUAGUUGGACAAAUGGCGUACCAGCUUUGAUUUCUUGGAAUCAAACCCAACAAAACGCUCUUGAAUCGGAAAAUUUGAAGUAUGAGCUGUUUUACGAUAGAUUGUCAACGGCCCUUUCGCAUUCAUCUUCUAUAGAGGAAAAUUUGUCUACGGCGGCCACCUUCUCAGCCAAUAUUCAACUGGGCGGGCAACAGGUCCAAUCUGAGAAUCCCGAUUCCCCUAUUGUUAGAAGUCACACCACAUUCCAGGCUCGGUCUCAACCAGGGGGUCUCUCCUUACGACCAAGAUAUCUCUGCUUCUUGACCGGCUCCGAGGAAAAGCCAUAUCGGACCAUUUCUGUGUCAGAUUAUGUCCACGAGCAUGGUGAUCAAGCAGAUACCGAGUUCAUCUUUGUUUCCUACACGCGGAUGCAAUUCAGAGUGGCCACUGACGAGGAGAUCGAUACAUAUGAGUAUCCAGAUGAGGAAACGCGAGAUGCCAACCGCAAAUUGGCUAAGAAUGACCGCGAGACUCUUGCACGCUGGGGUGUGGAUGCGGCUUUGGCUGCUGGCAAGCCAGCGUUCUGGCUUGACUUUGAGUGUGUGCGCGACUCUGAUGGCGUGGCCCGGUCAAGCAGCAAAAGCGAGGACGUUUAUCGGAUCUGUGAUAUUGUCCGAGCUGCCCAUUCUAUAAUAAUCGCGAUAGGACCAUCGGCCGAAGACAAAGUGAAAACUCUGUUGCGUCGCGACGACAGCAGAUCUGACACCUUCAACACGGAGCAUUCAUCACAAUGGCUACGACAAUGGGGCUCUCGUCUCUGGACGUUGCCGGAGCUGCUCCUCUGCCCCAAUGAGUAUCGCAUCAAACUCUACGUCUUUGGAGAGUCCAAGGAGCCUAAAGAGCUGGCGAAACGAAACUUUGCCGAAAGGGCAUGGGAAGAUGCGGAGUCUGUUAAGGAGCUGGUUAACCACUAUGAAGCGUCUGCAAUUCUCACACCGCGACAGCUGAUUGAAAUUGCUUUGGAGUGCUUCGCGCGUCGCAAAACGGACCAGUUCAGUGCCGGAGAUGUCGCCUACGCCAUCAUGGGAUUGUUUCCAGACAGCCAAAGACCACAGAUUGACCAGAACGAUUCUGGCUUCAGGGCUUUUGCCCGGCUCGCCCUGGCAAUUGACGACGGGAACAUCCUUGAGCGGAUGAUGUGCCUUGGUCCGCUGCACGCUGUCUCCCCCUGGUCAGACACAUCGGACUACUGGGGCUCGAGGUUGAGAGACUUUCGACCAGCAUGCCAUAUAGUGGAUGUCACAAGUUCGGAUGCCCUCGUGAUCCAGGACGUCUACGCCACGCCCAUCGCUUGGGACAAAAUCGAGCGUUCUACGUCCCUGAAGUAUUCAGGCGAGGGGUUCAGAAUUCCACUCAUCGUGGCCUUCAACAUUGCAUGGCUUUGCCUUCCGUGCUGGCUGUGGAUAACAUACAUCAUCCCAUACGGUACGAACUCAAUGUUCUUGUUUGCUAUCUUGAUCUAUGUGACAGCCGCGAUAGUUAUUUUGUGCUCUAUCGUUUUCCCUUUCACUUUCAUGUUUUUUGGGAUGCCUUAUUGUUCAAAUAAAGAAAAAAGCCGGGUCAUUGGAAUUCAAGGCCGUGUCGAUACUGCAACUAUCGAACGAUAUAUCUGGGGAUUCAACCAUGGGAGGCUGAAGGAAAUAGUCGCGGAUGAAGAGCAGAGUGGAAAUAUGGGCACACUUCGCAAAGAACCCGCUGGUCAGAUAUUCACCAUCGUCGAUACAACAACGCUUACGAUGACUGUGGUGCGGUGCACCGCACCUCCAGUAGCCAUAGUCGUUUGUGGGCAAGCUGGAGGAACCGAUCGGGCCCUUUUGUGCUCUUUCGACUGCAAGACGGGCUCCUAUCAUCGCGAGAAAGUCCUACGCGUUGACCCAUUGAUGAGCAGCCUGAUGCAUCGCACAAGGUCAAUGCAUUUGUGCCUUACGCCCCUCGGCCCAUCCUUGACACCAACGACUGUAUCAGAGACCGAUGAUGAUACCAGUGGCCAUGGAACCGGCGUCAUUACCAGAAUACAAGAAAGCGCGAAACUAACAUCCAGACCCUGGAGUGUGAAUCUUCUCAUUAUGGUGACUGCUACUCAAAUAUUCGGUCCUGACAAGUCCUUCUCAAGUGAUUCAUAUUCGUGUAUCGCGUAUUUUUCCGGGAUUUUACUUGCUCAAAUAGCCGCAUUCGUCUGUUUUCGCAAAGGCCUUUUGUUGCAAAUCACAGCACCGGCUCUGUACAGUAGCGAGAUCUUAUAUUACUUUCAGAUAAUAACCUACAAACAUUGUAAGUUCCCACCGUGGCUGAUGAUGCCACUGUGGAUGACGCUGCAAUUAUUGCGUGGGGCUGCCAUAGGCAUCAUGAUAACCGGCUUGGUAUUCUACCACUGCGCAUGGUUCUCCAAAAAGAAGGCGAUAUGGCGAAUCCUGGCUUGGGCUGUUCUGACUAGCGAGAUUUUUCGCGUUGUGAGCUUAUUCGUCAAUCUUUACGAUCGGGCCUAUCUUAACCACCUUCUGGAUGUCGGCAUAUCCCUCAUGAUCAUUACCCUGGCGACGGUUUCUUCCUCGCAUCUGAGCUUGCCCCAAGAUUCGCCCUGGCUAGAUGUACCUGAAAGAAUGGCUAUUGUCUCUUCUUCGUCUAUUUCUAGGUAUUAUAAGGGAGAGAGGCCAAAGUGGCUGAAAACAUCAGGAUCUCCAUGGCCUCUGAUGGUCCUUUAUUCCACAGUUAUCACAAUGAUGGCGUUCAUAAGUGGGACCAUGUUUUUUAAUCCUCCCCGUCAUCCCCUAUACGCCAUCUUGGAACUUCUACCAGGAUCUGCGGUUGUUGUGGUUGCGAUUUUAGCCAGCUGGCUUUCGCCAUACUAUCUACCAGGGCUGAUCCAUUUGGUAAUGGUUUUAUGCUCUGUUGCUGGAAUUUUCCUGUCCGUUCGACUGCAUUUGCUGGUCCUUCCACUCAUUUGGGUAAUUAUCCUUGAUGAAAUGGAGACUUUGACCCAGGCCUUCGGCUUGCUCUGUUUGUCGAUCGCGGCAUGGGGAGCCGGGAGGCUUAUUUCAGCCACAUUGAUACCCUUGGACAGGAUCACGACCAUGGGUAUACCAGUCUUCGCUACUCUACAAGCAUUUUUAGUGGUGUUGGCCAAAACACUGGCAGUAACCAGGGAGAGAAGGGCUGUUUCUGCUCAACGGGCAAGAACGGUCCAGUCACAGUAUCAAGACGUUGAUGAAGAGUUAGCCUAG